AAGGCAAGCUCCCUCCCCGAGCUUCUCUCCCCACCACAUUUCCCCCUCCCUCCCUCCCUGGAGAGUCAGUCCUCUCUUCUCAACGGCCGGCCAACCAAAGCAGAAAGGAUUGGUUGUGCCCAGCCAGCCCAAUAUCUCAUCGACGGACUUCCAGCGAGAAACCGAGCAAGGAGACGAGGACGAAUCCAAGGGACCAUCCAGACAUUUCUUGUACAUCAUACACCUAUGCUGUGGCUGCGGCUGCUGGAUGGAGGAAGCUAACCUUCAAGGGACCUCCAUCGCUCCCGCAUCGCCUCCAUCCACCUCUCACCAACAUUCUCAACAAGACGGCCAGGAGCACCAACAGCAAGAUGAAACGACGCAAGAAUCAGAGAUCGCCAGUGGCUCCAUCGAGGUUAUCCAUCCCAAGUCGCACGUCGACACCGCCGCGCCCAUCGAUUCCGUAAAAGGCGCCGUCACCAAAUUCGGGGGCAUCCUUGAUUGGAGAGAGAAACGCAAGCAAGCCCAUGAUGACUGCUCCGACAAGGUGCAGGAAGAGACGGCCACGGAGCACCACAUGAGAGAGAGGUCAAUGGAGGCAGAGGCACAAGCUCUGCUGCAGGAGCUCAACACCACCACCAGCGCGGCCGAUAAGCUGAGGCUCAACCUCAAGAAGGCGCAGAUCGAGGAGGCCCAAGCGCGGCACGAAGCCGACCUGGCCGACCGCCGCCUCGGGGAGGCGCAGCGCGCCGCCAGCGAGAGAGCCGCCGCCAAGGCGGACCUGCGGGCGGCGCGAGCGGAGCUCCAGUCGCGGGAGAAGGUGUGCGCGGCCGCCGCUGCCGAGGCGGGCGCGGUGGUGGCGCGAGCGCGGGAGGCCUCCGCGGAGUCGCGGGAGACUGCCAAGGCCGUCGAGCACCUCGCCGCGGAGCUCAUCGCGCUGAAAGCGGAGCUCGAGUCUUCGCGCGCCGCUCUCGUGGAGGCGGAGGAGAAGAGGCUGAGCCUCGCGCUGGCGUUGGAGCAGGACAAGUCGCAGUGGCAGAUGGAGCUGGAGGAUGCCCAGCAGGAGGCCAAGAGGCUACGAGCUCAGCUGAUGGCGGCCUGCGAUGUCGAGAUGAAGGCGGAGGCGGCUUCAGAACUGCUGGCGAGCCUAAAAGCCGAGCUCGAGCUGCUCGCUUGCCACGGCGGCGAUGAUGAUAAACCCACCCUGCCGGCGCUGGAGAAGAUGAGCAAGGAGCUUCAGGACGUGAAGGCGAGCGUGGAGAGAGCCAAGGACGAGGCCAAGUGCCUGCGCGCCGCCGCCGCCGCGAUGGGAGAUGAACUGGCCAAGGAGAAGGCGGAGCUCGCCGCGCUGCGGCGGAGGGAAGGGCUCUCGUCAGCGUCCAUCCUAUCUCUCAACGACGAGCUGAGCCGGGUGACCUCCGAGCUCGCCGCGGCGGAGGCAGCAGCAAAGGCAGCGGACAAGGACGCCGCCCAACAGAUAGAGAUAGGCGAGGCGCGGCGAGAAGCGGAGGAGGCCGAGGCCAAGGCCCGGUCCGCUUGCGAGGAGGUUGCAAAGGCCAGGGAAGAGGCCGACUUGGCCAAGGCCUCCGUCGCCUCCAUGGAGGCGCGGCUGGAGGCGGUGAAGCGGGAGAUACUCGCGGCCACCACGUCGGAGGAGGUGGCCACGGCAACGGCGGCCGCGCUAGUGCAGCCAUCGAACAAGUCACAACAGAUGCAGAGCAAGGCCGUCGAAGAAGCAGGGGGCGUGACGCUGGCGGUGGAGGAGUACGAGGAGCUGAGCCGGCGAGCGCGGGAGACGGAGGAGAAGGCCGGGAAGCGGGUGAUGGAGGCGGUGAAGCUGAUCAAGGAAGCCAAGGACGCGGAGGUGCGCAGCCUGGAGAAGCUGGCGAAGCAGGAGAGGCAGACGGAGCAGAGGCGGCAAGCGCUGGAGGCGGCGACGCUGGAGGCCGAGGAGGCGGAGUUCGACAAGCUUUCGGCGGAGCGGGAGCUGAGGCAGUGGCAUGCCGAGCACGAUCCGCAGCGGCGCGGCGAUGGCGAGAGCUCGUCGUCGCCCCGCACGGGGAAGGGGCUCGCGGAGAUCUCCGUGCUCGACGACGGGCGCGGGAAUCCUCACAUACUGAGCCCGAGAGGAGGGUACAUGCCGAGGACCGAGUUGAUGGGGUCGACGGCGGAGGCGGAGGCGGAUGCGGAUGCGGAUGCGGAUGCGAGGCAGAGGAAGACGACCUUCUUCCCGCGACUCGUCAUGUUCUUGGCGCGAAAAAGAGCUGCUGCUCAGUCUUGGAAGUGAUCCAUCGCAUGCAUGCAUCUUCUUUAAAUAAAUACUCUAUAAAUGUGGUUAUUAUUA